ACAUAACGUCUAUUCUACAGUUUGUGUUUAAAGCACAAUUUUAAAUUUCAUGGAGCCCAAAAAUUUAUCUGUUGUUUGAGGGGCAAGGGGAAAACACAACGUGCUCGAUGCCAGAUACGAAAAACGACAAUUUGGAACGUAGGUUUAAAGCAUUGCGCAUCCAUGUGCUCGAUAGGUUACUCAAAUUGUGUGAUUUGAAGGUAACUAUGUAGUUGUUUACGUGCUACUAGUGACACGGCGGUGGUAUAAUAUUUAAUUAUUUCAAAACUCUUGGUGAAAAAUAUUUGAAAAACGUAUUUAUAUUUAAUAUUAUCAGUGAUAAAAAUUACGAAUUGUGAUGGUGAUGGAAUAAAAAGGAUAAAAAUAUGAAACUAUUGAAUUAUAAAUGUUUGAUUAAGUAUUGUUACAGUUUAAAAAUUUUGUUCACAAUGUUUGUAUAGGCGUUACAAUAAUUGUGUGUUUAAUAGAGAAGCGAUUUCCACAGUGAAGACAGCUAGAAAACUCCUCAAGAUGAUGUAGUUGGAUGAUUUUAGUACAUCGAAUGGUAAAUAUGAGUAAAAAAAGGAAAUUGAAACAAUCAAAAGAAAAUGAAUUCGAAUUUGAUCCCGUACCAAAACACUUGGUAGUAGCACAUUUAAAAAAUCAGGAGAAACGCCUAAUAAUUAUUUUAGAAGGUGCACAGUUGGAAACUGUAAAAGUUGGAAGUAAAUUUGAAUUAUUGAAUUGUGAUGACCACACACAUAUUCUAAAAAGUAAUAAUCGAGAUGUUGGAUCAUGUCGACCCGAUAUAACACAUCAGUGUUUGUUGAUGUUAUUUGAUAGUCCUUUGAAUCGAGCAGGACUUUUACAAGUAUAUGUUCACACUGCAAAUAAUAUUCUAAUAGAAAUAAACCCACAAACUAGGAUUCCAAGGACGUUUAAACGUUUUGCAGGACUUAUGGUUCAACUUUUACAUAAAUUCUCUGUCCGAGCAGAAGAUGGGCCUAAACUGCUUAAGGUUAUUAAGAAUCCAAUAACAGAUCACUUGCCUGUAGGUGUAAAAAAAAUUGGGACUUCAUUUGGUGCAAAACAGGUGAAAAACUGUAGGGAAUUGGUUCCUAAAGAUGAAGAACCAAUUGCUAUUGUAAUUGGUGCAAUCGCGAGGGGCAGCAUAGAAGUACAUUACACCGAAGACUUUUUUUCUAUAAGUAAUUACCCACUAUCUGCGGCUUUGACGUGUACAAAACUUUGUUCUGCUUUCGAAGAGGAAUGGAAUGUUCUUUGAUACGACCGAUUGGUAUUUUGUUAGGUGUACCCCAUAAGAUUUCUCAUAAUAAUGAACAUUUUCUAUUUACAAACUUUGUAUCAAAUUAUUAAGAGAUAAGUUUUAAUCACCCAAUAAACGAUUCUAUUUAAAUUUAAUAUGCAACAAGUGUUUGAAAUUACGAAAAGGUUAUAGUAGUUCAAAUUUCCCUAUUUAAUGAAACUAACUUGAUUAUAUUGUUAGUUUUAAUUAAAUUAAAUUUUCAGGACUAUAAUUUUCACUUAAAAUUUUUUCAGGAAAUGCAACUCUGCUUUCCUUUUAUUUUUUACGGGAAAAAUUUAUGAAUAUAGAAAUUUCAAUUCAAUUGUAGAAAUACAGAGUUCCUUGAAAUUUUUUUAUACUGGAUUUAUUUGUCCCCCAAUAUAGUAUUUAUUUCUUAAGCAGUGCUUGGGUUAGGUUGCUUUUAAAUGGGGUUGUUUCACUUGCGAAUGCAUGUGUACACUAUAUAUACGGGUGAUAUUGAUGCCAGGAAUGUCCAAAAUUUACAUUUUUUGCUUCUAGAUGGC